AGAAGAAGAACAGGAAGAGAAAGGGAGAGAGAGAGAGAGAGAGAGAGAUUGAGAAUAGUGGCGAUGGCGAGUUUGCGUUUGAGGAGACAAGAGAGUAGUCCACGGCAGCAGGAUAGUCCGAGGAGUCCGGAGGCGGAGCUGGGGAUGAAAGUGGAGGAUCUGUGGGACGUGCUGGAGCCACAGUUGAGUCCUACUGAGAAGCUUAAUGCUUGUUUUGAGGGCAUCCCUGUCUCUGCCUUUCCUCUUGCACCUUCCUCUCAAUUGAUUGAGAUAAAAUCAGACACAAGUCUAGCUGAAGCUGUUGAAAUACUGGGCCAGAACAAAAUUCUUAGUGCACCUGUUGUAGAUGUUAAUGCAUCAGAGGAUGCAAGUUGGAUGGAUAGAUACAUUGGAAUUGUUGAGUUUGCUGGAAUUGUCGUGUGGAUUUUGCAUCAGACAGAACCUCCUUCUCCUAGGAGUCCAAAUACCCCUACUGCUUUUUCUGUUGCAGUGAAUGGCAGAAGCAAGGCUGUUGAACUUGAGAAUUUAGGUCCUGAAUCUGCUGCAAUGACUUCUGGAAACUUUUUUGAAGCUUUGACUACUUCUGACUUAUAUAAGAACACAAAGGUUGGGGAUAUCUCAGGGUCAUUCCGGUGGGCCCCAUUCCUUGCAUUGCAAAGCUCCAACUCCUUCUUGACUAUGCUUUUGUUGCUUUCAAAGUACAAAAUGAAGAGCAUUCCUGUGGUUGAUUUGGAUGGCGGGAAGGUUAAUAACAUAAUCACCCAAUCUUCAGUUGUUCACAUGUUAGCAGAGUGUGCUGGUCUUCAAUGGUUUGAAAGCUGGGGAACGAAAAAACUUUCAGAAAUCGGUCUUCCUGUGAUGCCAGCUAAGCAAAUUAUCAAGGUGUAUGAGGAUGAGCCUGUGCUCCAGGCAUUUAAGCUGAUGCGGACAAAGAGAAUUGGAGGCAUACCUGUUGUUGAAAGUGGUGGUAACAAGGCAAUUGGAAAUAUAAGCCUAAGAGAUGCUCAGUUCCUUUUAACUGCACCCGAGAUCUACAUUGAUUAUAGAUCCAUCACAGCAAAGAACUUCCUAACUGCAGUGAAAAACUACUUGGAAAAGCAUCACAACGACUCACCACUAGUAAGUGGCAUGAUUACAUGCAAAAGCGACUGCACUAUGAAAGAACUGAUUCAGCUUCUUGAUUCCAAAAAAAUCCACCGAAUUUAUAUUGUUGAUGAUGAUGGGAGUUUGGAAGGGGUGAUUACACUAAGAGACAUUAUCUCAAGGCUAGUACAUGAGCCCCAUGGUUACUUUGGGGAUUUUUUCGAUGGUGUUUUGCCAUUGCCUGCUAACAGCAGGGUUUAGAGGUAACAAGAAUUUUCCUUGUAACUUCUCCAAAAGCUAACACCCUUUUUCCUCUAAGCAACCUUUGCUUUUUUUUUUUUUUUUCCUUUCUGUUGGUGGUGUGUUGGGGAAGUGGUUGGGUAAGUAUGACUGUAACAUAGGUGAUGCCCAUGUAAUUAAUAUUUAUCUUGUUUGGCAGAGUUAAACUUUCUGUAUAUGUUGCUGUAUCCAGUCCAUGUGAGCCCAUGUGUGGAAUAUUCUAAUAAUCGCCACCCCACUUUUAGUUUGACCUGAGAGCAAAUAAAACUUGCUAUUAGUCUUUUUUGUA